AUGCUACACAGUAAAGUCAAAGAAAAAUGCAGGCACAUAAGCUUUCCCGCACGGCGGGAGAUAACUGAACAACACCUGCACGACACUGGAAUGCUGCUAAAGGAUUUGUUGAGACCCAUUCGGAUCGCAGAUGUUUUUGGCCACCGAGAUGCGUUCGAUCUACUUCGUAGCUUUCUUGUGACUAUUCAAAUGGCAAGCACGCAAAGUGAAUGGCGUAACAAGGCUGUGGAUGAGAAAAACGUUUGCAUCAUUAUUCAUCCGUCGGGAUCUGGGAUAAGGAUUGGCGUGGAACUCAUCUGCAGGGCAAUGGGCUUCUUUUGUGUCUAUGCAGAAUAUGUUUCCGCUGCCGAUAAAAUGGUCUUGCACAAAGACCUACAGUAUAUAAAUAUGUACCACCGGGAAAACAUGGAUUUGCAGUCCCUGCAACACAUAUUCGACAAAAGCAGAGCGGCAAUAGUCAUGAUAGAGGAUAACGAUUGUAAAUUCAUGACUCUUCGUCGUCCUUCACAAAAUCAUAAGAUGACGUCGAGGGGAAUGAUUUCCUACAAUGUUCCUGUAUGGAUGAAGAGUCACGCAGUAUGUAUCACCGUAUCGCCUACGCCGGACCUGGCGUGUAGAAAGUUGGUUCUAUGUAUACUACAAGAUAUGCUUAAAACCGAGACGAUUCGGGAUCGUGAUGUAGAAUAUUUUGUUGAGAGCGGUAGAACCAGCAGCGGUUAUGUGGACCUCGAGAAGACUAUUAACCACAUACAGUUCUACGCAAUGUCUAGCAGUUCCCGUGUCAUACAAGUCUGUGAUGAGCAACGUGAAAAGCACGUUUUGAAUACCGACGUAUUUGCCGUCGGGGCAUAUGAAAACAGCCUUAAGAGUGUGGAAUCCACUUACUGCUUCAGAUCAUAUACUGAUGUGAUCUGCGGAUUCGAUUGCAAUUUUACGUUGAGGAGUGUAAUAAGGAAAGAGCAUGUUACAAGCGAAUUGGCGCAUCAGUACGACUCAAGAGAACUCAGCACUAUGGAACUGGAAAUCAAAAAACUGUUGGAGAAUGAAAGAGGGGUAGACAAACUAGGUCGGAGGGAUCACCUUGAUCUCAUGAGGAUGCGGCGGAAAACAACCUUGUCUAAUUCCGCGCCAUGUGAAAGUUACAACGCACAUAACUUUUUCGUGGUGCAGUGA